UCAAACAAAGGCUAGGGGAUGGCUAGCGCAGAAAUGUCGGAGUUUUACGCUGCUGUCUGCGCAGAUAAUGAUAUAAAAAUAAACUCACACGUUUUACAGGUUCUAGAGAAGACCACAGUGAAGGACAGUGUCACAAUAACACUGACAGGAAACAACCACCUGAAAGAAGUUCAGCAGCUUGAUGACAAAGAUGUCCUCGCUCUCUCAAAGUGUCUGAGAAACAGGAAGGUGACAGGUCUUGAUUUGAGGUACAAUAACAUCACAGAUGCAGGGGUUGGACACCUAGUUGACCUCCUACAGGAGGACAGAUCAUCUCUGAGUUCUCUGGACUUGAUGUUCAACGACAUCCAGAGAGACGGAGCUGAGGUUCUCGCCAGGAGCCUGCAGUGUAACAGCACCUUGCUCUCUCUCAGACUGUCCGGUAAUAAGAUAGAGAACAGAGGAGCCAUGCACCUGGCCGGCAUGCUGCAGGUGAACAACAGCCUGAGAGAGCUGGAGCUGUCCGACUACGCGACCUGGUAAACCGACACACACACACUGGACACUCAGAGCGUGAUAGCGUUCGCCAUCGUGUUGAAAAGCAACAGGACUCUUCUCUCUGUCGAUAUCAGCCGACCGCUGCUCUUCAGCCUCCAGGAGGAGUGGGCGGUGCAUUUCUCUGAGAUGUUGGCGGUGAACAGCAGCCUGGUGGAGCUCCACCUGGGGAAGAUGGGGAUGACGGACACGGGGAUGGAGAGGCUGGCUGAAGGCCUGAGGCUCAACAACGGCCUCCGUUAUCUGGACCUGCGCUGUAACCGUGUGACUCGUGACGGCGUGCGACAUCUGGCCGACCUGCUGAAGAACCGGAGCCUGGAGGUCGUAGAUCUGUCGUCCAAUCGGAUUGAAGAUGAAGGUGCUGCGUACCUGAGCGAGGCCAUCGCCUGGCCGGGCUGCGUCCUGAGAGAGCUGUCUGUCAGCAGUAACAACAUCAGGACGGAGGGUCUUCUGUCUUUGGCUCAAGCUUUGACCGUGAACACAACUCUGGACCACGUCUACAUCUGGGGGAACCACCUGGAGGAGCCCGUCUGUCAGGCCUUCGGGGAGCUGAUCUCCAGCGGCCGCCUGCCUCCGGAGCAGACGGACGUCAGCGCGUACGAGGUGGACGGACGGGUUUAUCUCGCUGAGGUCUUCAACGGUUUGAGGAGACGCUAUAACAGGACAGACGGCUCUGGUUCACACACAUCCUCCACCUCCUCCACCUCCUCCACCUCCAACGACCCAACAGACCCGCUGACAAACAGCGACGCCGGCCACGACUCCAGCUUUACGCCUCACAUUCAGAGGCAGCAACUCGUCCCUCUGCAGCCCUGCUGAGCUUCAAAACCUGCUCACACAAGAGGCUUUUAAACCGGACUAAAAUGC